CAUGGCCCGCGCGCCCGGCGCAACCUCUGCGGAUUGCAUCGGUGUGCGGCGGCGGGGCAUGCCCAGGGCACCAGGCACGGCCUUCAAUGGGCGAGGACACGGACACGCGGAAAAUUAACCACAGCUUCCUGCGGGACCACAGCUAUGUGACUGAAGCCGAUAUCAUCUCUACCGUCGAGUUCAACCACACCGGAGAGCUGCUGGCCACAGGCGACAAGGGUGGCCGGGUCGUCAUCUUCCAGCGGGAACCAGAGAGUAAAAAUGCGCCUCACAGCCAGGGCGAGUACGACGUCUACAGCACCUUCCAGAGCCACGAGCCGGAGUUCGACUAUCUCAAGAGCCUGGAGAUAGAGGAGAAAAUCAACAAGAUCAAGUGGCUCCCGCAGCAGAAUGCCGCCCACUCCCUGCUGUCCACCAACGAUAAAACUAUCAAAUUAUGGAAGAUUACUGAACGAGAUAAAAGGCCCGAGGGAUAUAACCUGAAAGAUGAAGAAGGGAAGCUUAAGGACCUGUCCACGGUGACGUCACUGCAGGUGCCUGUGCUGAAGCCCAUGGACCUGAUGGUGGAGGUGAGCCCAAGGAGGGUCUUUGCCAACGGCCACACCUACCACAUCAACUCCAUCUCCGUCAAUAGUGACUGCGAGACGUACAUGUCGGCGGACGACCUGCGCAUUAACCUCUGGCACCUGGCCAUCACCGACAGGAGCUUCAACAUCGUGGACAUCAAGCCAGCCAACAUGGAGGACCUCACGGAGGUGAUCACUGCGUCCGAGUUCCACCCGCACCACUGCAACCUCUUCGUCUACAGCAGCAGCAAGGGCUCGCUGCGCCUCUGCGACAUGCGCGCAGCUGCCCUGUGUGACAAGCACUCCAAACUCUUCGAAGAGCCUGAGGACCCCAGCAACCGCUCCUUCUUCUCGGAGAUCAUCUCCUCCGUGUCGGACGUGAAGUUCAGCCACAGCGGCCGCUACAUGCUCACCCGGGACUACCUCACGGUCAAGGUCUGGGACCUAAACAUGGAGGCAAGGCCCGUAGAGACCUACCAGGUCCACGAUUACCUUCGGAGCAAGCUCUGUUCCCUGUAUGAGAACGACUGCAUUUUCGACAAGUUUGAAUGCGCCUGGAACGGGAGCGACAGUGUCAUCAUGACCGGGGCCUACAACAACUUCUUCCGCAUGUUUGACCGGAACACCAAGCGCGACGUGACCCUGGAGGCCUCCCGGGAGAGCAGCAAGCCGCGGGCCGUGCUCAAGCCGCGGCGCGUGUGCGUGGGCGGCAAGCGCAGGCGGGACGACAUCAGCGUGGACAGCUUGGACUUCACCAAGAAGAUCCUGCACACGGCCUGGCACCCGGCCGAGAACAUCAUCGCCAUCGCGGCCACCAACAACCUCUACAUCUUCCAGGACAAGGUGAACUCCGAGAUGCACUAGGGGCACGGAGCCCCGUCCCGCCCGCCUGUGGCAGUGUCCGCGACACGCCGGUCAGACAGCAACUCGAGGAAAGGAGGAAGAUGGCAGCGGCACCAAGGACAGCCGCAGGAGUGGCCUGGCCGGGCAGUCGGGAACUUGGGCCCCGCACCUCCCCAGCUGCCCUAGGCCAGACCGCCUUGGCCGGUAAUCGUUUAAAGAAAGGAAAACCGAGGAUUCACAGCCACAAA